AAAAUAUUAAUUAAAAAAAAUUAAUUCUAAAGAUUUAAAAAUAUUAAUUAAUUUGUAUCAAUAACAAAAAUGAAUAACAUUCAUAAUUUAAUGUAAAUGCUAUAGUAGUAGGGCAUAAAUGUAUUAUAAUAGUUUGGUUAACAUCCACCUUAAUCUCAAUCAUCCGAAUAAAAGGAGAUUUUUAAGUUUUCUUAGAUCACUUUACCCUAGAAUCUUUCUUAGUUUGAAAAAAAUAUUAGCGAAUUGAUUCAUAAGCUCUUUUCUUGCAAUCCAUGUUUUAAUUUUUAGCACAAGACAGAAGAUUAACUUUGUGAUUUGUGCACAAAGACUUUGGUUGAGCUUUAAAAGACUAUGUUUGUAGGAAUAUUCGAAAAGGAAAAACAUUUAGAGGAAUUGAGUGCAUUUUGGAAAACAGGAAAUAACAUUAAAGUAUAUUGUGGUAAAAUUUUAAAGAUAAAUGAUGUUGGCUAUAAGUGUUACGAUUGCGAAAUGGAUCCUACUUGCAUCAUUUGUAAAGAGUGCUUUGAAAAAGGAGAUCACAGAGGCCAUAGAACUGUUGUUCAAAAAGGGUGCUAAGGAUGUUGCGAUUGUGGUGAUAUUGAAGCAUGGAAAAAAGAAGGAUUUUGCUCUGAUCACAAAGGUUUUUUGACUCAAGAAUAGCUUAGCAUAGAAUAAAUAAAUAAAAAAUAUAGAGAUAAUAUCAUAAAAGGAUUUAAGUUUCUGUUCUACUGUAUAUUUAGCCAGAUAGAAGACUUGAUUAGCAACACAUAAAAUGGAUAAUAGAUUUAACUAAUUUAAAAUAAUUUAACUAUCUAAAAAGUUGUUGAAUACACUAUAGUCCUUAUUGAUAAGAUUGUUAUGAAAAAUACAGUUUUAUAGAAUUUAUUCAAUCAUAUUUUAUGCGAGAUUCGCUUUGAUGAAGAUAGGUUCAAGUUCAGACACAUCUGUCCUGAUAUUAUUUCUAGAGUUACUAUUGAUAACAAAAAAACUCAUCCUUUACAUAAGUGUUAGUGUUCAAUUCUUGAGUUAAUGCUAAGAUAUAUUGUCUCAUUUAACAAUAACGUUCAAGAAAAAAUUAAAAACUUUUAUAUUAGCAUGUUUAAUUUAUACCACUUUAAACAAAAUCUUAUCACAGCCUACACUAAGAUGUUUAAUUUCUUCUAUUACUAUGAUGAUAGCAAGAACAAUAAAGACUCACAUCCUUUUUUAACUAAUUUUGUUGACUUAAACGUUUAACUUUUUACUUCUGAUAUAUUAGCAGGAUACGUCCUAGAUUAAAAGACAGAGGAUUAUAUUAUAGAGUAUUUCAUGGCUAAAAACUAGUAAGGUUCCAGUCGUAAAAAUUCAAUGAAUGAAAAGGCUCAACACAGAAAAGACUCAGAAAAUCACAGCAAAUAGGUUAAGCCUUAGUCAAGAAAGGGUUCAGAAAAAAUCUAAAAAUAAGAAAAUUAAACAAACUAAAGUUAAAGUUAGUAAAAUUAAAAUCAGCAAGAAAAUUAAUAAGAAGAAGAAAGAAAAGAGUAAAAUGUUCAAUUCGAAGAAAUUGAAAUUGAACCUGAACGCCUUUAACAGCACCUUUAAGGCUAAUAAUAAUAAUAAGGAGAAGAUAGAGAGGAAGACUUUGAGACUGAAGAAGAAGAAGGAUAAGAAGGUGAAGACGAAGAAUAUUACGAUGAGGAGGAGGAAGAAGAAGAAGAUGAAGGUUAAUUCUCUGAUGAAGAUAAUAUAUAUAUGGAUAUGGAGUAAGAUGAAUAAAUUGAUGACAGUUUACCACUCUUUGACUGUGAAGAAUAAAAGAAAGAUGCAAAUAAAAUUUAAAAUUUCGUGAAUGAGUAUUAUUUUGGAAAUAUUUUGGAUAAGUUGCUUCUUUUUGCCUCUUAUUCAUUUAAGUAGAAGAGUGUUGUUGAACAGUUUUUUAAGACUUUUUAUCAUAUAAAAUACAUCUCCCAAAAAGAAUUCAGUUUAUCAAAGCUAAUUGAAAAAGACAUUUUCAGAUAAAAAUUUGUCGAGAUACUUUCUAAAAUGCACUACAAAAUUGAUAGCAAACUUAAAAGAAAAUUUGAGACUAUCUACUCUACAGAUUCUUAUUUCUUUAAUGCCUGCGAUUGUGAAAAAUUAAUGAUUUCUAUUUUAAGAAGAAUACUUUCAUAUCUCCAUUCUGAAAAAAAAAAUGAUCAAAAUUAUUUUAACAAAAUUCAUUUUGAUUACAUGAAGCUUAUCAUGAAGAAGAUAAUUGAAACAACUGAAAAGUACGAAAAGCAAUAAUUAAGCGAUAUCUCUUCAAUUCAUAUUCCUCUGCACAGAGCUUUAAUUAUUCUUGUUAUGUCCUAUUUCAAGUUUGAUUUUGAUAAAGUUAAUUCCCAAUCUCUCAACUAACUUGCUAGAAGUCUUAACUUAGAUUACGAAUAGUUUGGGUAAUUUUUCAUAGCUUAGAUGAAAUAUCCUUUAAAUGUUAUUUCCUUUAUCAAAGAACUUGAUUGUGGCGUUUGGAACUUCCAUGGCGAAGAAUUUAAGUAUUUAUCUACUGCCUACAUAUCACAGGAUCUAGGAUUUUAAAUUUAUGAUACUGUUUUCAUUUAAUUUGUUUUGAAAAUGGCAUUCUAAGAGCUUAGUCUUGAAUAAAUUUGCUAGAAUUUCAGCACUAAAAAAGAGUUUUAUGACAUUAUAAAUAUGAGAUUAGUAACCAACAGUAAAAAAGACAGUGCAGAUUUCCUAGAAAAAAAUGAAAAGGUUUUAGGUGAAUUCUUUUCAUUUACAGUAUACAGCCUGUUAGAUUAAGUAUCUCUAUACGGUUUGGCAUAAUCAAUUUUACAUAAAACUUCUGAUGAGAUUUAGCCUUAUUUAAAAUACACUAAUUCUUUCAUUUCAUCAUUCAUGCACUAAUUUAAAUCAGCUUCUAUUCAGGAGGUUUAAGAAGGUUUAAUUAAAACAUUUGGAAAGUACUAAGAUAUAUCUACUUUCUUGAUGCAAGUUUGCACCUUCAAUAAAUCUACUAAGAAAUUUUCUUUGAUGGAAAGUAAUAGUAAGCUCUGCGAGCCUAACUUCUUCUAUUGGUCUCCUAUGAUUAAAUCUUCUUUUCAUGAUAAGACUUUCUAAAAAUACUAAAAUUCAAAAGAAAUGCAUAUCUAUUUAUUAGGUAAUGCUGAGCUCAAUCAAACACAAAAAUCUUCUUUCAAAUAUAUAUUUAAUGCGAAUUCUUUGUCUUUUAUUGAGGAUCUCAUCAGAUAACCUUUAAUUAGCAAGCAAUUUUAAUAAAAGAAAUCCAUAGCUUAGUAGCAUUUGGUUACUCCUAUACUAAAGCUUAUACUACUCUAUAUUUAAAAUUAAAAUCUAUAUACUAAUCGUGAGCCUUUAGAGUUGCAUGUAACGAAUAUCUUGACAUUCUUAACACAAUACAAAGAUAAUUUUGUCAAAGAAUUGGCAGACACAAUCCAAUAUUUAUAAGAAUAGUUAGCCUCUUCAAACUAACUCUUUUUCCAAAAAGGGACAUCUCAAACGGAAGAAGACAAAGAAGAUGCUCAAAAAAAGAAGGAAUUAAUCAAAAAAAAGUAAGAAGAAAUUUUAAAAUUAUUUUAGCAAAGAAGUGCUACCUACUCAGAGAAAAACAAAGACGAACUAUUCCUCGAAAGGACUGUAUCAGACAGUGAAUGUUGUGUAAUUUGCAAAAAAUCACUCGAUGAUGAAUCUGAAUUUGGAUAUGGCGUUUAUUGCCAAAAAACAAAUAUUUAUGAAUUUUCUGAACUUAAAGGUUUCAUUCAAUAAAAUUAUGAGGAAUCAGUACACUAGAGCAGCAUUAAAUAAGAAGCUACUAAAAAUUUCACAUUUUGGAAUUUAAAAGAAGGCAAUUGGUAUGUCAACUCCUGCUUCCAUCAUAUCCACAAGAGUUGCUAUCAGUAGUACUUAUACACUAAAAAUUAGUAGAAGUCAAAUGGAUAAAGACAUCAAUAUUUCUACGAGCAUGAAUACAAGUGUCCUUUGUGUAAUAAAUUGCUGAACUCAUUUUUAACUCUAGAUUCAAGCUAGAGUCUAAAAACUUUAACUGAAUCUUUCUCUGCAUAUGAUAUAAAAGAACAAAGUAAUUUGGUAUGGAGUCAACCCAUUUCCGUUUCAGAAUCAUCCAUAUAAUAAUAGACAGAGUAAGAUUUUAAAACUCAUGAAAUUUAGUAGAAAAUAAUUUCUGAAUAUGAAAUCUUGAAUAAAAAAAGAAAAUGUGAGAUGAAUAAGGCAAGUAACAGUGAAAAUGACAGUGAUAGCAGCAACAGUACAGACUUCAAGUAUAAGAAGUAUUAGAAUAAAAAAGAUCAUUUAGGAGAUAAUAUCGAUUACCAUUUCCUUUCUACCUAGAUUGAAACAAUAAACAUUACUCAAUACGAAGACGAUGAUUUUUAAAAAAAUAAAGAUGUCUCUCAAAAUAUGGAAAUUGAAAGCGAAUCGAGUGACGAAAAGUAGAUGAACAGAAUUGAAAAUAUUCUUCUCAAUCACUUGAGAAUUACAGAUUUUGAAUGCAGCCCUAAUACUCUCAUUUCUUAACCUAAGAAACUCUCUCUUUUGAGAUAAAUAUUAAUGAAUUUGAAUUUGAGUCUGAAUCAAAGUUGUUUGGAAAAGUUCUACAUCAAGAGAAAGAAUUAUUGCAUCACAGUGAUGAAAUUAUUAUCAAAUAUUUAAUUAACAACUUCUUCUUCCUCAUUUAAGAAUAUUAGCAAUAAUCUUUUAGAAAAUGACCUCAAAGAGAUGUACACAAGAUUCUUAUUCUACAGUCUCAACUAUUUCCAUUCAGAAAAAGAAUCCUUACAACUAAUUCAAAAAACAAUCGUCCCAGUUUUACUAGCAAAAUUCAUUUAAAUUUGCAUUGUUUAAUAGAGAAAAAAAUAACAAGGGAAUGAAAAUUAGAAUUUUAAUUUAAAUGCUGAGCAAAUAAACACUUUUAAUGAUAAUGAAGCUUGCUAGUUUAAUGUUGACAUUUUACAAAGAGUUUGGAAUUUAUUAUCACUAUUCUUCGACUAUGAUACAAAAAUCAAGUAGAAUCUAAACUUAAUUUUCGAUGACUCAAAAGAUGAGGUAUUGAGUUUGCUUAGAUUUAUGAAUGUGGACAUAUCUUCAUAAGAAGAAUAAAAACAAUUCAUCGAAUUAUGCUUAAAGCAUUAGUUUAAUCACAAUAAUUUAAAUAUUCUUAAAAUAACACCUAAUAAUACAUCUUUAAAUUUUGUAUCUCUCGAACACAACUUUAAUGACUUAUUUAAAAAAUACUAACGUGUCAAAUGUUCAAUUUGUGGAGAUUUAUCUAAAUAUAGAGAUGGUAACCCGACUAUGUGCUUGAUUUGUGGAGAUGUGAUAUGCUCAAUAACAUGCAAAAGUUAUGAAUAAAUAAAUGCUAAGAACCAUUUAGGAAACCUCAAUUUACAUGCAAAAUAAAUGCAUUGCAGUUCUUCACUAUUCUUAGAUUUAACAACAUCCUAAGUAAUUUAUGUAAGCUAUCCUCAUAACUGCCCAUAAGGAGAGCUCUAUGCUAACAGUUUUGGCAUACCAUUCAAGAAAAAUGCCAAAGACUGGUCUUAAUUCUAGCUUGAUAAUAGCAUCCUAAGUAAAUUACACCAAACUACAAGCAGUUUAGAAAUAGUUGAUUAAAUAAAACUUAAUGAAGUUAAAACUAAUAUGUUAUAUAAAUAUCACUUCUAUUGA